ACAAGUCCCCACCGCCACCUCCUCCACCUGUCCAUAAGUCUCCACCACCACCACCCCACAAGAAGCCUUACAAAUACAAGUCCCCACCACCCCCGCCACCGGUUUACAAGUCUCCACCGCCGCCGCCGCCGGUUUACAAGUCUCCUCCACCACCAUCCCCCAAGAAGCCUUACAAGCACAAGUCUCCACCACCACCACCGGUUUACAAGUCGCCACCCCCGCCGCCCCAUAAGCCAUACAAGUACAAGUCACCACCUCCGCCACCUGUCCACAAGUCGCCGCCGCCACCACCACCGCCGCCCCAUAAGCCAUACAAGUACAAGUCUCCACCGCCACCUGUCUACAAGUCACCACCACUGCCGCCCCAUAAGCCAUACAAGUACAAGUCUCCACCGCCACCGGCGCACAAGUCUCCACCACCGCCGCCGCCGCCGGUGCACAAGCCAUCUCCUCCUCCUCAUUACAAAUAUGCCUCCCCGCCUCCCCCAUACCACAUUUAGGUUAUCAGCUGGCCACUACCCAUCUCUAGCACUAAUGUCUCUCUUAUAGCUCCAAGGCCGGGAAAGAAUGAAGAAAGCGAGUUUCCGCGUUACGAUACUCGAGUAUUGUCAAUAUAGGACGUGUACGUCUUUUCUUUUUAGCAGAGGAAGGAAUUAAAUAAAAAAUAAUAAAUAAAAAAAGGAGAGAGAACAGUGUGGGGGAAACGAAACGAAACAAAACAGAAGACAGAGACCAGUUUGUUUCGACAUUAUAUAGUCAAUAUAUAUAUGUAUGCUUAUGCUCGCCAGAUGGGUAGAGAAAAAAACCAGUACCAGGUUGCUGUUAUGAAAUGUUGUGGUUG